AGUCAGGAAGACGCUAACCGUGGCAGUUCCGUGAGAGCGGCAAAGAUAUACAAUUCAUUGAGACUUGUGUACCGUUACCAGUGACAGGCGCCGAGAUGCCAAGAUACGAACUGGCACUUAUACUUAAGGCAAUGCAGAGGGAAUGUAACACUAGACUUAACUAAACUGCUACAACUACAAUGCAGCCACCAAAAUAAAUGCCCUUGGAUUUUCAUUAACAGUGAACACUAAAUUGGAAGCACAGGAAAAUAACUUUCCUCGCUGGGAUCCUGCAGUUUCCAGCUAGAUAGCAAACCAAAGGACAAAACUUGACCUACGUUAACACAUCCAUGUUUAUGGUGUGUUUUGUUUUUUAAUUUUGGGGAAUUUUUUUAACCCUGUUAUUUUUACAAUGGGUUCUUCAAUGGAAGCAGCAGACAUUGUUGUUGUGGCACUUUACUUUGUUCUUGUAAUGUGUAUUGGCUUCUUUGCCAUGUGGAAGUCUAACCGGAGUACUGUGAGUGGGUAUUUCCUAGCAGGACGUAACAUGAGUUGGUUUGUUAUUGGAGCAUCCUUGUUUGUGAGUAACAUUGGCAGCGAACACUUCAUUGGUCUAGCAGGAUCUGGAGCAGCAAGUGGCUUUGCUGUAGGGGCCUGGGAAUUUAAUGCAUUGUUACUACUUCAGGUUUUGGGAUGGAUCUUUAUUCCCGUUUACAUUCGGUCAGGCGUCUUCACCAUGCCAGAGUACCUCGCUAGACGUUUUGGAGGGAUUCGAAUUAAAGUCUAUUUUGCUGCUCUCUCUUUAUUGCUCUAUAUUUUCACAAAGCUUUCUGUGGACCUGUAUUCCGGAGCUCUCUUUAUACAGGAAUCCUUGGGAUGGAAUCUUUACCUCUCAGUGAUUUUGCUUAUUGGAAUGACUGCUUUGCUUACUGUCACAGGAGGACUGGUGGCUGUUAUUUACACGGAUACACUACAAGCUUUUCUCAUGAUAGUAGGUGCUCUGACACUAAUGGUAAUCAGCCUGGUGGAGGUAGGGGGAUUGGAAGGAGUUAAGAAAAGGUACAUGCAAGCUACUCCAAACGUGACUGCAGUUUUGGAUGCAUAUAACCUAACAUAUACCAACACAUGUCGCAUCAACCCAAAGCCGGACUCUCUUAAAAUGCUCCGUGAACCUACUGAUGAGGAAAUACCAUGGCCUGGAUUUCUCCUUGGCCAGACUCCAGCAUCUGUCUGGUACUGGUGUGCAGACCAGGUUAUUGUCCAAAGGGUGUUGGCUGCCAAAAACCUUGCACAUGCAAAAGGAUCCACUUUGAUGGCUGGUUUUCUGAAGAUGUUACCAAUGUUCAUAAUUGUUGUUCCUGGGAUGAUCUCUAGAAUACUAUAUGUAGACGAACUUGUGUGCAUCAAUCCAGAACAUUGUAUGAAGGUGUGUGGUAGUCGUGCAGGCUGCUCCAACAUCGCUUACCCCCGCCUUGUGAUGAACCUUCUUCCUGUAGGUCUCCGUGGUUUAAUGAUGGCAGUCAUGAUUGCAGCUUUAAUGAGUGACUUGGACUCCAUAUUUAACAGUGCCAGCACAAUCUUCACACUGGAUAUCUACAAAAUGUUUAGAAAAACUGCUGCUUCUAGGGAACUGAUGGUUGUUGGACGGCUCUUUGUUGUCUUCAUGGUUGUGGUUAGCAUCUCAUGGGUUCCUGUCAUUGUGGAGAUGCAAGGUGGACAGAUGUAUCUCUAUAUCCAAGAAGUGGCAGACUACCUCACACCACCAGUUGCAGCCCUAUUCUUGCUGGGUGUUUUCUGGAAGCGCUGCAAUGAGACCGGUGCCUUUUUUGGUGGCAUGGCAGGCUUCCUUUUGGGAGGCACACGGUUAAUUUUGGCGUUUAUUUACAGAGUUCCCGAUUGUGACCAGCCAGACAAUCGACCAGCUUUUAUUAAAAAUGUUCACUAUAUGUACAUAGCUGCAAGCCUGUUCUGGAUAACUGGUAUUGUAGCAGUGGUUGUCAGUCUUCUCACCCCACCUCCGACAAAAGAACAAGCUUUACACACCUUUGUCUGGGGUAGACAAAAAGGAUCGGAACAUCCUAUUCCAAAAGAGGAGGUUUGUUCUUUAUCUGGGAUCAGUGAAUCACACUGUAAUGGAAAUAAUGAACAUAAAGAAUUGCCAAAUGGUUUCAACAAGGAAAUAGUGCUGGAUGGUCCAGAGAUGUCGUCGUUGGCAAGUCCAGAUUCUCCAACUUCUAUAACUGUUACUUCAAACCUCUCUGAGCAGACCCCUGUGGACCAUUAUGGAAAUGGGCAGGCUGUUCUUUUAUCGCAAAAUUCAAUUAAGGUCACAGAGCCUAAAAACGUCAGCAAGUGCUGGUGUCUGAUUGAUUGGUUUUGUGGAUUCAAGGAACAUUCAAAGACUCCUUCCAAAGAUCCAGCAGAAGAGGAGAUUCAGAGACUUGAAAUGCUGCAUGAGCCUCCCAAAGUCAAACUUUUACUAAAUGUAUUUCUCUUAAUUGUCUGCUCUUUGGGAGUCUUCAUGUUUUUAUAUUUUUCUUUGUAACCAUACUGGUUGGACUGACAGGCAAAUAAUGCCAUGUUUCUAGUUGGUUUUAUAUUUUCCAAAAUUUUUAAGUUCAAAUUAUGCUUAUGUUUAAGAAUGAACGUUUUUACAUUGUAUUUAAAAUAUUUCAUUUAAUUAUGUGCUUCAUGUCUUUCAUGUUCUGUCUGUAUGCUGUGCCUUUGUCACUGUGCAAAGGGAGGAAAAGAAAUUUAGUGAAGGAAACUAUAUGGGAGUUGUUAUAAAUAUGUAGACCACUGGAUUUUCUUUGGAAAAUAUUUGCAUCUUGCACUAAAUUGUAUCAAAGGUGGAAACACACUUAGAUAAGACAAUUCACACCUAACUUGGGCACUUUUUUCUCACCUCGUUUAAAUGUGACAUUAGUUCUUCUGUUAUAUUCUGUGUAGUGCUUAGCCUUUUAGUUCUUCUCAAACCCAGUUAGUUCUUACACUUUUUGUGUGUUCCUUUUGUAGAAGCCAGUUUUGCCCUUUAUAUGAAAUUGUAUAGCAUAAGGCAAGAAGCAGUUUUACGUGAUGGUUUACCACAUUAGGUAGUAACUUAAAGGAUCUGUUCCAGAAAUCAGGAUUAAUGUGAAAUCUGUCAGCAUUCAUAGAAAUCGGGCUAAUUCCAUUCCAGAAAAUGCUGAUUUGGCUAAACUCAUGUUUCUGGAACAGAUUAAGCCAGUAUUACGUGAUCUGUGAGACCAAAGAUGGAGAUAACUCGCUAAUUCUGCAUUUUGUAAUGCCUCAGGAUUUGCCUGUUUCAAGAAAAGAUUUGUGAAAUCCAGCUCAGUUACAGGGACAACCAAUGCUCAGAAAGUAACCUGUAAAUAGCAGGCUUUUAUUAUUUUAUUUUUUUUUAUUUUAAUGCUUUCAAAAUAUGUAAGCAGCCAAGCCUCCAGUCAUAAGAUUAAAGUCCAUAAAUGUCCUGUCAGAAAUUCUAAUCCCAGCCGUGCUAUUUAAGAAGCAGAAAAAGCUGUCACAAUGGUGAAAAUGUGGUGCCCCUUCCUGAUCGAACAAUUGACAGAAUUCUGGCCACAAAACUAAUUGGGACAUGCUCAGACAGUUGCCUGCAUGAACAUUACUGUUUUACAUCCAAGGAUUUCAUUUAUUUGAGCAACCUUCUAAAAUAUAACUUGUUCAGUGUCACAAAUUGUGGGUUUUAGCGGACGUCGAUGCAAAUCAUGGACAUUUCCUGUUAGAAUUUUUUUGCAUUUUUCUUCACACUAUUUAAGAUGCAACACAUUGGCAAAGUGAUCACAGAAGUGUGACGGACUUUAAAGAAACAUCUGCUCACACACACACGCACGGACUGUGUCUUCCUGAAACAGAAGUAAUCACCAUCCAAGAGGAAUUCCACAGAGACAUAGGUUAGGAAAUCAGCUUUAAAUAUCUGCCACUCUUUUGAUCAAUAGCUGAUAGAUACGCUGGUGGAACAAACUGCCCACCUUCAGUCCUUCUUUGGAAUCGGUUGCCUUUUAAAAAAAAAAAAAAAAAAAAAAAAAAGCAUCUCUGCAGACUCCCCAAAACCCCCCAACCCUUCAGGUGCUACCUAUACCCAAUAUGCUUACUAAUGCGGUUUUAAAUUGGGUCCUGUAAUGGAAUAAGGCAACAAUAUUACGCAUUGUAUUACAGAUAACUUGACUGAUGGCUUAUGAAUGAAGCAGAAGUAUGUUUUGAAAUAAAAAUUUCAUUUUGCUCUCUUUUCCCAAAGUAAUGAGAUGCCACAUUUACUUUACAAAUGUUGAGGUCUAGUAUCUAGGUUCUCUGGUUUUAACAGGGUAGCAUUUAAGGAGUAGACACAAAGUCUUCUGUUUCAGAUUCAUACAUAAAAGUAAUUAGCCUUUGGUUUCUUUUGGCAAGUGAUUACUAAAAACAGAGUUCAGUGCAGGCAGGGCAACAUUGGCAUCUCUUACAGUAACAAUUUUGAACAACUGUGUAUGCUGGGCACUUGAUAGCAAAACAGUCUAAGAUCCAUGACAUUAUUUUAUUCCAUUUUUGCCAUAUAAAUGCUUACUUGACAUAUAUCAUUCUACUUAAAAUGUUUUUGUUGGUACACUUUGCACCAACAAUCUACCACACAAAGCUUCCUGAUUUAACAGGUUUACACAUUUUAUUCUUUCAUUGAAAUUCGUCCACAUUUCCUUGUCCUCAAGCAGCGGUUGUUGCUGUAUUACUCCUUUGUUGGAUAUGCUAAAGAUCUUCAUGCACUGCCACCAGCUCAUCUUUCUCUGCUGGCAUGAAGGUUAUUCCUUCUGUUUCUCUGACUUGAAGUUCAUGGUUGAUAAGGCUGUUGAAAUCAUAAGUGCUAAAUUUUGCUGUGAAUGUGCAGUAAUCUGGAUCAGCCUAUCAGCAUGUUCUGACUGAAAUCCGUUUUUUUUUUUUUUUUUUGGAACCAGCUAAUACACUGUUGCAAGAUCGCAGUAUAGCAAGCCGGAAUUAAUUCGGAGAUCCAGGGUUAUCUUGUCUCUUUCUGGAACAGACCCCCAGAGUGUUUGCAUACAAUUUUAGACAAAAUCAAUAUUUCAGCGCAUCUUAAACUAAGUUAUUAGCAGUUGAAAAGCACUGUAAAAAGAGAUGGUGCUCAUUGUAAUAUUUUAUAGAUGUUAAGAAUUACAGUGUAUACCUAAUAUGAUCUCCUAAUGUUACUUCAUAAAUGUAAUAUCUAGACAUACUGUUCAGGAUGACUUGUGUUUAUCAUCAGUGGGAUCAACUCUUGUAUCCCUGCCACCAAAACUGAAAAUAAUUUUAGUGUGAACUGGAAAUGAAUUUACAUUUAGAUGAUGAAUACUGUGAUGUUGUGUUGUAUUUGAAGUCACUGUGUGUGUGUGUGUGUGUGUGUGUGUUUUGGGUUUGAUUUAUUUGUUGGGGUGUGUGUGGUUUCCUUUUUUUAAAUUCCUGCCAAUGGUACAUGCAUUGCUUAAAGUUUGGUUCUGUGGGGUGCAGGUUUUAUCUUAAUUAGUGCCACUAGCUCAGUAAGUUAGAUGUUUAAUUUCAGUGACAAGGUUUUAUUCUAACUUAAGGAUCAUUUUUAUUUUAUUUCAACAAAUGACCUUUGGAUCAUUGUGUGUGUGUGUGUGUGUGUUUAUUUUUGGUAAAUCUUGGAAUAAGAAUUAUACCUACCUUCUAGCGCUCAAAUAUUUUGUUAAAAAAAUAAAUUAUUGCUUGAGAUACGCGCUUUUUUUUUUUUUUUUUUUCCCCCACCAUCGACAACUGUAAAAGACAUACAUUGAAUCAUCUGCUAACACUUAACAGUGUGUCAGUGGAUUUAUUUUUUUUUAAUAAUUUCAGACCAUUACGCACCAGGAUUUUCAUAAAAGCAGGGUCUAAUACAGUGUUUCCCAACCUUGGUCCUGUGGCCCUCCUGUGACUGCAGGAUUUUGUUCCAACCAGAUUCCUAAUCAGUGACAACACCUGAUAGCACUGAUCUCAUUUAAUUAGCUGGUAUUUUUCUUUUAUUCUACAUUCAGAAAAGCACAGCAGCCUGAUUUUUACAUUAAUAAGAAAUUUAGAAAUAUUUCUGCUUUUGCUAUAGAUUUAAAAGCUUAACUCUUGUUGAUUUCAUUAUUUUGUCCUUUCUCUGUGCAGUUUUUCCCCUUUGAUGUAUCUUAUUAAUGACCAUUUAAAAAUGAGCAGAGCAGACACGCUGACAAACACUGAAUAAUCAAAGGCUGCAAGUACUUUAGCAUCAGACCCACUUAUUAGUAAAUAAUGGAUUAAACAAUUAGAACACCUUGAAAAGUAGAAUGAAAAUUUAAGAUGAAUAUUGUUUUAAAAAAAAAAACAAAAAAAAAAAAAAACACAAACAAACAUUAUUCCCAUAUAUCUGCUUGGUACAUUUUUAUAUAUAUAAUUUUUUUUUUUUUUUAAACCAAACUUUAGUUUUUUUAAUUUCUAUAUUGUUUCCAAAGCACAGAAUUUGGGAAUUAACACACACACUGAAUUAGCCCAGGAGUCCAAUUAAAAACAGAAGCUGGUUGGAUCAAAAACCUUCAGCCACAGUGUGCCCCCAGGACCAAGGUUGGGAAACACUGGUCUAAUAUUUAUUACUGUUAAAUGUAUAUUGAUAUCUUUCACUUCUAAAAUAUUGAAACAUACCAACUCAUUACAAAGCGCAAACUGCCUCAUAAUGUUAGUUGUAAUUUUGAUCAGUAGCAUUCUAUAGCUAGAAUACAGAAUGAUUACUUUUUGCCAUUUCUUGUGGUUUGUGUACGCAUAUAUAAAUCAUACGUUUCCUCCCUCUGAAUCCAAGUGAAUUAGUCCUCGAUUAGGUUAUCACGAAUAUGCCCAAACCGCAUCAUUCAAUAUCCUGUAUUAUGGGUUUGUAAUGAAUCUGGAUCAGUGAGCUGCAAAACUGUAAUCUAUGUUGGAAACUUCAAUACCAAUUUUAGUUGGUGGCUCAUGAGUCAUAUUCUUGACCUGGCAGAUAAUUUGAUAUUUGUUGGUGGAGUAGUGUUAAAUUUUCCAGCAAAUUCAGGUUGGUAGCAAAGCCAUCGCAUAAAGUUCUUUUAAGGUGAUAGUGGACUUUUAACUUGCCAUUGGAGCCUCACCACAAUUUAGUGCCAACAUUAGACACUCUCAUGAGUUGCAGUUCUGGUUGUUUCCUUUCACACAAAACUUUACUUUUUUUAUUUUUUUGUUUUCUCUUUGUUGCUAUGCUGUUUAUGCAUAUCUUACCCUGUCCAUAUUCUCAUCCGAGACCUGCCUCAAGUAAUACAUUCAGUAAGUUGCUAGUUAAUUGCCUUCUGAUAAAAUAUAUAUUUUGAAUGUCUGUAAUUAAGAUUAAAUCAGAUAUCAAAUAUUUUGAGAUAAACACAGACAAAUUUGCUAUGGAAGUUCAUGAAUGCAAUGGGGGGGGGG